AAGAGAAAAGGAGGAAUAAUAAUCAGAAGAAAGUUGUGACCAUGGCUCUGGGAGACUGUUGGAAGCAGCUGUCGUGGUUCUACUAUCAGUAUCUUCUGGUGACGGCGCUGUACAUGCUGGAGCCCUGGGAGCGGACGGUGUUCAACUCCCUGCUGAUCUCCGUGGCCGGCAUGGCCAUCUACACCGGCUACGUCUUCAUGCCGCAGCACAUCAUGGCCAUCCUGCACUACUUCGAGGUCGUCCAAUGACACGACGGCGCCACCUGCUGCCCGCCGCCGGCAUCGCCAUCGCCCUCAGCUCCCGUCUGAAUCUGACUUCCUGUCCGUCAACCUCCCUCCUCCCCCAUCAUGGCGUGGUGUCUCCUGGGUUUAGAAGGUGGGGGAUCAGUUCCUGUUUCCACACACACACACAGACACAGACACACACACACACACCUACACACACACACACACACCUACACACACAGACA